CCCCGAGACGGGAGGCGGUGCGGUGUGGAGGCCCAAGGGUUGACGCAUGCGCUUGAGCUUGACGGGUUUUGAAAUGGCUUCGCUGUUCACCCGGAUCCGACUCAGGUGAAGCUCUCCGAUCGGUACUUUGCUGUGGAGAGAUACCUGCUAUAGAAGAGAAAAAUACGUGACGUUUUCUUCCCGUUUGCAUCAUGGCUCAGUUUGGAGGGCAGAAGAAUCCACCAUGGGCUACUCAGUUUACAGCCACUGCGGUUUCACAGCCAGCUGCACUAGGUGUUCAGCAGCCAUCACUUCUGGGAGCAUCUCCUACCAUUUAUACCCAGCAGACUGCAUUGGCAGCGGCAGGCCUUACCACACAAACGCCAGCAAACUAUCAGUUGACACAAACUGCAGCACUGCAGCAACAAGCUGCAGCUGCUGCAGCUGCACUACAGCAGCAAUAUUCACAACCUCAGCAGGCCUUGUAUAGUGUGCAACAACAGUUACAGCAACCCCAGCAGACCAUUUUAACACAGCCAGCUGUUGCAUUGCCCACAAGCCUUAGCCUGUCUACUCCUCAGCCUGCGGCACAGAUUACUGUAUCAUAUCCAACACCAAGGUCCAGUCAGCAGCAAACUCAACCUCAGAAGCAGCGUGUUUUCACAGGAGUGGUCACAAAGCUCCAUGAUACAUUUGGAUUUGUGGAUGAAGAUGUAUUCUUUCAGCUUGGUGCUGUUAAAGGGAAAACCCCUCAAGUUGGUGAUAGAGUAUUGGUUGAAGCAACUUACAAUCCUAAUAUGCCUUUUAAAUGGAAUGCACAAAGAAUUCAAACACUACCAAAUCAGAAUCAGUCCCAAACCCAACCUUUACUGAAGACUCCUACUGCUGUUAUUCAGCCGAUUGUGCCACAGACAACAUUUGGUGUCCAAGCCCAGCCCCAACCCCAGUCACUACUGCAGGCCCAGAUCUCAGCUGCUUCUAUUACACCACUGUUGCAGACCCAGCCACAGCCCUUACUACAGCAGCCACAGCAGAAAGCUGGCUUAUUGCAGCCUCCUGUUCGGAUAGUGUCACAGCCACAACCUGCACGGAGAUUAGAUCCACCAUCUAGAUUUUCUGGAAGGAAUGACAGAGGGGAUCAAGUACCUAAUAGAAAAGAUGACCGAAGUCGUGAAAGGGACAGAGAAAGACGCAGAUCCAGAGAAAGAUCGCCUCAAAGGAAACGUUCCCGGGAGAGGUCACCCAGGAGAGAAAGAGAGCGAUCCCCUCGCAGAGUCCGUCGUGUGGUUCCACGAUACACAGUACAGUUUUCAAAGUUUUCUUUGGAUUGCCCCAGUUGUGACAUGAUGGAGCUAAGGCGUCGUUAUCAGAAUUUAUAUAUUCCUAGUGACUUUUUUGAUGCUCAGUUUACAUGGGUGGAUGCUUUUCCUUUGUCAAGACCGUUUCAACUGGGAAAUUACUGCAAUUUUUAUGUGAUGCACAGAGAAGUAGAGUCCUUAGAAAAAAAUAUUGCUGUUCUUGAUCCACCUGAUGCUGACCACCUGUACAGUGCAAAGGUAAUGCUGAUGGCUAGCCCUAGUAUGGAAGAUUUAUAUCAUAAGUCAUGUGCUCUUGCUGAAGACCCGCAAGAACUUCGUGAUGGAUUUCAGCAUCCUGCUAGACUUGUUAAGUUUCUAGUGGGCAUGAAAGGCAAGGAUGAAGCCAUGGCCAUUGGAGGCCAUUGGUCUCCUUCGCUGGAUGGACCAAACCCAGAAAAAGACCCCUCUGUGUUGAUUAAGACUGCCAUUCGUUGUUGUAAGGCCCUGACAGGCAUUGAUCUAAGUGUGUGCACACAAUGGUACCGUUUUGCAGAGAUUCGAUACCAUCGCCCUGAGGAGACCCACAAGGGGCGUACAGUUCCAGCUCAUGUGGAGACAGUGGUUUUAUUUUUCCCGGAUGUUUGGCAUUGCCUUCCCACCCGCUCAGAGUGGGAAACCCUCUCCCGAGGAUACAAGCAGCAGCUGGUCGAGAAGCUUCAGGGUGAACGCAAGAAGGCUGAUGGAGAACAGGAUGAAGAAGAGAAGGAUGAUGGUGAAGUUAAGGAAAUUUCCACUCCUACCCAUUGGUCUAAACUUGAUCCAAAGGCAAUGAAGGUAAAUGAUCUCCGAAAAGAAUUAGAAAGUCGAGCUCUUAGUUCCAAAGGACUAAAAUCCCAAUUAAUAGCUCGCUUGACAAAACAGCUUAAAGUAGAAGAACAAAAAGAAGAGCAGAAGGAAUUAGAGAAGUCUGAAAAGGAAGAGGAAGAUGAGGACGAUAGGAAGUCUGAGGAUGAUAAAGAGGAAGAGGAAAGAAAACGUCAAGAGGAAAUGGAACGCCAGCGUCAAGAGAGACGAUAUAUUUUGCCUGAUGAACCAGCCAUAAUUGUACAUCCAAACUGGGCUGCCAAAAGUGGCAAGUUUGAUUGCAGCAUCAUGUCUUUGAGUGUCCUAUUGGAUUACAGAUUAGAAGAUAAUAAAGAACACUCAUUUGAGGUUUCAUUGUUUGCAGAACUUUUCAAUGAAAUGCUUCAAAGGGAUUUUGGAGUCAGAAUAUACAAAUCAUUACUCUCUCUUCCUGAGAAAGAGGACAAAAAAGAAAAGGAGAAGAAAAGUAAAAAAGACGAGAGAAAAGAUAAAAAAGAAGAAAGAGAUGAUGAUAUUGAUGAUCCAAAACCAAAACGGAGAAAAUCAGGCGAUGAGAAAGACAAAAAAGAAGACAGAGACGAGAGGAAGAAAGAAGAAAAAAGAAAAGAUGAUUCUAAAGAUGAUGAUGAAACUGAAGAAGAUAAUAAUCAAGAUGAGUAUGACCCAAUGGAGGCAGAAGAAGCUGAGGAUGAAGAAGAUGAUAGAGAGGAGGAAGAGAUAAACAAACGAGAUGACAGACGAGAUGUCAACCGCCACUGCAAAGAGAGGCCCUCUAAAGAUAAGGAAAAAGAGAAGCCUCAGAUGGUCACAGUCAACAGGGAUCUGCUAAUGGCCUUUGUUUAUUUUGAUCAAAGUCAUUGUGGUUACCUUCUUGAAAAGGAUUUGGAAGAAAUAUUAUACACUCUUGGAUUGCAUCUUUCUCGGGCUCAGGUAAAGAAACUUCUCAAUAAAGUAGUACUCAGAGAAUCUUGCUUUUAUCGGAAAUUAACAGACACCUCCAAAGAUGAAGAGAACCGUGAAGAGUCAGCAUCACUGCAGGAAGAUAUGCUAGGAAACAGAUUGUUACUUCCAACACCAACAAUAAAACAGGAAUCAAGAGAUGGAGAAGAAAAUGUAGGACUUAUUGUGUACAACGGUGCAAUGGUGGAUGUCGGGAGUCUCUUACAAAAAUUAGAAAAGAGUGAAAAAGUAAGAGCUGAGGUAGAACAGAAACUCCAGUUACUAGAAGAAAAAACAGAUGAAGAUGGAAAAACUAUAUUAAACUUGGAGAAUUCUAACAAAAGCCUCUCUGGUGAACUUAGGGAGGUCAAAAAAGACCUUGGUCAGUUACAAGAAAACUUGAAGGUUUCAGAAAACACGAAUUUGCAAUUUGAAAACCAACUGAGUAAAACACUCAGAAACUUAUCCACAGUCAUGGAUGAUAUCCGCACUGUCCUCAAAAAGGACAACAUAAAGAAUGAAGAGAGAGAUCAGAAAUCCAAGGAAAAUGGUUCAAGUGUAUGAUAAAAUACAUUUGGUGGUGAGGAGUGGUGUUAAAUAAUGUACUAUAUAAAAAUCAUGAUGCAGGAAUGUUUCAAGGCGAUGCAUGUUUGAUUUUAGUAGUAUAAACAUUUAUGUUAGCCCAAGUGAUGUAUAAAGUUUUAUGAAUGUGAGUCUGCUUUUGAAAAUUGCUUGUAAUUUCUAGCGCUCAAAUUAUUAAAUGCUCGCUGAGUGGAAGAAUUUUGCAUUGCAAAAUGUUUUAGGAUGAACUUUGUUAUAGUUUUAACCCCAAUAAAGUUCAUCAGUUUCAUUGACAGCAACAUGUAAUUACUAAAUGUCCUUUAUUGAACUAUCUAGAAAACUUGCUUUUAUUUAUAGAAUUGUUAGUUUUAUAGUUCAUUUUUAGUUUCAGUAUAUAUCAUUAAAUAGCAUGCUGCUUAGUAUUUGCAAAUUUUUAGCUAAAUAUUUUGUCUUUAAUAAAUUUGUUAUGAACUCUAUUCAGAGACUGGGCCUGGUAACAUAUUCCAGUAAUUCCAAGAUUUUGAGUUGGAGGCCAGGCUAGACUACAUAAUGAGACCAGAUAGUAUCAGAAACAAUGGAAUUAAUCCAAAAGACACUGUAUCUAAAACCUACAACUAAGAAAAUGAUGGCUAGGAUUGUGCUUAGAGUUUAUAUAAAUUAAUAGCCUUGAUGGUACUGUUACUGCACUCAACUUAAUUGUUUUACUUGCCCUGAAUACUUCCUAUUUUAAUUUUGAGAUUUAAAAAAAAAAAGUGGACAUCAAAUGUACAGUUUAGUAAUAAGCCAGUAGAUUGUCAGUAUGAUUGAUGCCUUAAGUUAAGUCAUUAAUUAAAAAUAUUUUUUUAAUUAAUCUGUGUAGUUCCUUUAGAAUUUUGGGGGAUGCUUAAUAAGAAAGGAAAUAACAUUUACCGUGAGUCAGUGGGUUUUAGUGGGGUAAAUUUAUUCUUCAGAGCAAAUUUGA